CGUUCCCGCCCUCCCGCGAAGCUCGAGCCGCGCAGUCCCAAGAGCAGAAGAUUUCAGCACGUCUCAUGGCAACAUGUCGACUGAGUUCCAUAACCUACAGGAGUUGAGACACAGUGUGUCUGUAGCCACCAAGGUGUUCAUCCAGAGAGACUACAGCCAAGGGACUACCUGUCGCUUCCAGACUAAGUUCCCCUCUGAGCUGGACAGCAGGAUUGAGCGGACCCUGUUGGAAGACACAGUGAAGACGUUGAACAGCUACUAUGCAGAGGCAGAGAAGAUGGGAGGCCAGUCCUACAUGGAGGGAUGUCUGGCGUGCGCUACAGCCUACCUCAUCUUCCUCUGUAUGGAGACACAUUAUGAGAAGAUGUUGAAGAAGAUCUCAGGGUACAUCCAGGAGCAGAAUGAGAAGAUCUACGCCCCCAGAGGUCUAUUACUGACAGACCCUAUAGAGAGAGGCAUGAGAGUCAUCGAGGUGAGUGUGUUUGAGGACCGCGGCUCGAGCGGCUCUAGCCACAGCAGCAGUGUGUCGUCUGGUGGCAGCAGCCAGCGGUGACUGGAGGAUCAGCACCAGGGAUAUGGGUACCACCACAGAAGCGGCAGAUCUUUCACCAACAUCCGCAUGCUGAAACAAGAGAGCACCCGCUUCUGAUUAUAGAUGUAUAUCAAUGUAAUCAAUAUACUAUCUCUAGUUUAGAGUAUAGAUGCAUAUCUAAUCAAUAUACUGUCUCUAGUUCUGAGUAUAGAUGCAUAUGUCAUACAGGAAGUAAACAUUGAUUGUAUAUACUACCUGUAGAUGUGUGCUAGGGAGACUAAAGAGAGAGGCCAGGAUGAGGCUACUGAAGAACAGGAGCAGACAUGGAAACACACAUUUUGAGUAUCUGAUGGUUAGACUCAUGUUUCUGCAGACUACUCAUUCAGCCGACUGUCAUUCUGCUGUGUCGCCAUUCCCUGUGUUUCCAUGACUUCAAUUGGAACUAUUACGCCAUAGCCAAUACAGAUGUAGGAUCUUAAUUUGAUCAACCUGUUCCAGGAGAACUUUCCUGCUAAGCAGGAAAUGUAAAAUGUGUAGUGUAUUUGAGGUUUAAAAAGGCUUCUGAAGUCUGUAAUUUCCAAAAUGUUAACGUGUCAAUUUCCACUUAAAAAAUGGAUCAACCCCUACAAAUAUGUGAAUUAAUUAUAAUCCACAAAGUAAUUCACAUUUCCUGUUGCUGCAGGAUUAUUUUCCUGAUGUAGCAAACUGGAAUAUUUUGAAGCAGUAGUAUUUUAUUUAUUUUAUUUCACCUUUAUUUAACCAGGUAUGCCAGUUGAGAAUAAGUUCUCAUUUACAACUGCGACCUGGCCAAGAUAAAGCAAAGCGGUGCGACAUAAACAACAACACAGAGUUACACAUGGGAUAAACAAACGUACAGUCAAUAACACAAAAGAAAAUCUGUAUACAGUGUGUGCAAAUGAAUUAAGGAGGUAAGGCAAUAAAUAGGCCACAAUUUAGCAAUUAACACUGGAGUGAUAGAUGUGCAGAUGAAGAUUGUCAAGUAGAACUACUGGUGUGCAAAAGAGCAGAAAAAAACAAAUAUGGGGAUGAGGUAGGUAGUUGGUUGGAUGGGCUAUUUACAGAUGGGCUGUGUGCAGCUGCAGCGAUCGGUAACCUGCUCUGACAGCUGAUGCUUACAGUUAGUGAGGGAGAUAUAAGUCUCCAACUUCAGUGAUUUUCGCAAUUCGUUCCAGUCUUUGGCAGCAGAGAACUGGAAGGAAUGGCGGCCAAAGGAGGUGUUGGCUUUGGGGAUGACCAGUAAAAUAUAUACCUGCUGGAGCGCGUGCUACAGGUGGGUGUUGCUAUGGUGACCAGUGGGCUGAGAUAUGGCGGAGCUUUACCUAGCAAAGACUUAUAGAUGACCUGGAGCCAGGGGUUGGCGACGAAUAUGUAGCGAGGACCAGCCAACGAGGUAUACAGGAGAGUUUACAGUCUAGCCAGACACCUAGGUAUUUAUAGUUCGGGGAUUCGGAGGGAUUUGUUCACUUGCCUUUCGAAGACUUUAGAAAAGCACGGCAGGGUGGAUAUAGGUUUGCAAGAGUUUGGGUCUAGAGUGUCUCCCCCUUUGAAGAGAGGGAUGACGCGGCCACUUUCCAGUCUUCAGGAAUCUCAGAUGAUAUGAAAGAGAGGUUGAACAGACUAGAAAUAGGGUUUGUGACAAUGGCGGAGGAUCCUUUUAGGAAGAGAGGGUCCAGAUUGUCC